CGCAUUUGAAUCGCCUCCUACAAAUUCAGAAGUGGGAUUACUGUGAAUUUUUUUUUUUUCACAAAAAACUCAACCUACGAAGCAAAGUAAAAACAAUAUCUUUAAAUAUAAUCAAAUGGAAACCAUCGGUGCGGACGAUUAUACAGCAGCAGAACUGCGCAAUUGGUGUGAAAAGCUCAGCAUGCAGAAAAGCGGUAACAAGGCCACGCUUGCGGCGCGAUUGAACGGUGUGCCCCCAGAAGCCCGAGGAGUUUGCCCGGUGAUUGGCGAAUUAGAAGGCGAAAUCGCUAACAAUGAUUUGGAGCACGAAAUCGUCGGAGAGUCAGCACCAGAGGUCGACAUGGAAAGCCCAAGGAGCAUGAUCGAGGACGCCGCCGCUGGAGUGGUGCCGCCAAGCAGCGAACACUGCACCAAUGCUGAAAGCAUGAAUGUUCAUGACGACGCCAGGCCCUCAACAUCUACCAAUCAUCGCGAUUCGGAGUUGGCACGCGAGGAACAUUUUCCAGAAGUUUCUACGCAGUUCGACGCCAUGCAGCGUCAACUAAGGCUGCUCCAAUUGGAAAACGAAAUGUUGAAAUUGGAAUCUGCUCGACGCCAUAACGCUGCCACAUCGGGUCAUAACAAGGCUACCCCACUAAUUCGAAGCAGUGUUGCCAAACCAAAUCAACACAAGGAUGCCACUCAAGAUCAAGAAGUCGCUGGCGGAGAUGCCAGAUCGGAGGAAGCAUUUGUAAAUAAACAAACAUUGCUAGCAAUGGCCAAGGAAAUGAUUCCGAUAUUCGACGGUGCUUCUAACAACAAACUCAAUGUUAGCACAUGGGUCGCCCAGCUCAACGCGGUCUCAAAAAUGUUUAAGCUAAGCGACGAUGUAAUUCGCAUGCUAGUGAUGUCCAAAUUAAAGGACCAUGCUCAAAUUUGGUUGCACUCUUCGGAACGUUUGCUGACUUUGCCGGUUCAAGAACUUCUAUUUCAACUUGGUGAAGCUUUCCACGGUAAGGAGAGCAAAAUAAUAUCUCGACGCAAGUUUCAAGAGCGCAAGUGGAAACCGUCGGAAGAUUUCUCCACAUACUUCAAAGAAAAAACGCUGUUGGCUACACAGAUUCGAAUAGACGAUGAGGAGCUAAUCGACAACAUCAUUGAAGGGAUUCCCGACUCCCUUCUACGACAACAGGCACACAUGCACUGUUUUAAUUCGUCUGCGCAGAUGUUGCACGCAUUUGCCAAGGUCUCGUUACGUAAACCGCUACUUUCUCCGGCUGGACGUGUUAAGGUUUCGUUCGAUAAGGAACCUGGUUCGGCGCCUCCAAAAAGGUGCUUCAAUUGCAAUGCUGUUGGGCAUUUCGCCGCCGACUGCCGCAAGCCCAAGCGCGAGUAUGGAGCCUGCUACGCAUGUGGCAGUAAGGAUCAUCUGGUGUACAACUGCACUGAGAGGAAGUUCGUAUCCGACAACGAAUAUAAUGCCUAAUCGAUUCUGGAAGUCCAAUUAGUUUCAUAAAGAAGUCAUACGUCGAAAAAAUUUUGAAAAAGGAAGAUAUUACGUUAAAUGGAAAGAUUCUUAAAAAUUAUUUUGGCUUAAACGGUAGCCC